GACUCGGAUCCGUGAGUCUGAUCUAUCGGGGAGCGCCGGAACGCAACGCAACUAUUUCAACCCUAAAGGUACAAAAUCCUGCAACGAGGGCCGUCCGAUCACGGACACGUCAGCGAUCCGCGUGAAGGAUCACUUGGACGGCUGAGAUGGAAGUUUGCGGAGCUGCAGGGAUUUUUCCGGAGAAAGCUUCUGAUGUUGUGAGGAAGAUGACGCUGAUGGAGGAAGAGGUGGAAUUCCCGGAGAAGGAGGAGGAGCAGGAGGUUGAGGUUUCCGGUGAGGAAGACGAUGGUGAGGACGACGACGAUGUGGACGAGGAUGGUGGGGAGGAGGAAGAGGACGACGAUGACGACGACGACGUCCAGGAGGUGCUUCAGUCCACUGGCGGCCCCCCAGCUCAGUCUGUGGACGCAGAUGAUAGUGACGAAGAGGAGGACGAGGAGGAGGAUGAUGGAGACGGCGGCGGUGACGACGACGACGACGACGACGACGAUGAUGAAGACGACGACGACGACGAUGAGGAGGACGACGACGAGGAAGCUGCGGAGGAGGAACUCGGCACUGAGUACCUCGUACGCCCUGUGGGCCGCGCUGAGGACGAGGAAGAUGCCAGUGACUUCGAGCCCGAGGAGAAUGGAGAGGACGACGAGAUUGAUGAGGAGGAUGAAGAUGAUGACGGAGACGAUGACACGGGUGGGAAGGUCGAGGCCCCACCUAAGAGGAAGAGGAAGGAUGAUUCGGACGAUGAUGAUGAUGGGGGGGAGGACGAUGAGAGGCCUUCCAAGAGAUAGUCCUGGCUGAACCCAAAACACUCCUAGCUCCCCCUUCACUUGAUAGGGAGACAAACGGUAGGUUUGCUUAAAACGGCGAUUAUUGUUUCCAGUUGGGUGAAAGAUUAUAGUUAGGAGCAGCACUAGUCAUAGUCCAUAGUUGGGUCUGUAUAAGUAUAAUGAAUUCUUCAGAAGGUUGGAAGGACAUCCAGUAGCUAUCAUAAAUCUUGUCUUAGGUGGGGUCCUGUCGGUCGUCUAUGUUUUGUUGUUUGGUCCGUCUUUUGAACGUUUGGUGGAUUUAUUUAUCUACUUAUCUCGAUACUUCUUCUGCUGACUGUUAUUGAUCCGGAUAUUGUAUCAUUAAAUACGCAUUAUGCGUUAAUCUACAUCUGAUUCUGAUCGCUUU